UUUAGCUGGUGUACUGAUAAAUUUUUUCAACUUAGUUAAGGAUUUUUGGAUCACAGCCGUCGUUUAAAUUCCCAAGAAGUGCAUUAUCAACAACAAUACACAUUAUCAGUUCUCGAGACCUAAUUUGAAUGUAUGACCUAAGUAUAACAAUCUCAUUUAGGGUUUUCUUAGCAUGAAUUAUCUGCACUCCAAGAUUAAAUGAGAGCGAGACGAUCCAUCGCUAUUGUGAACUGAAAACUGACUCAAACGUCUACCACUGUCUUAAGUCACAUACCUCUUGCUUGUGUUAUAUCAUGUCAACAGAGUCCGCUUUAGUUAUAUCACACAUAUUCUUAAUGUGAUGAGGUUUCUGUUGAUUGUUUCCUUGUGUAAUGAUAGUGUAUGAUGUAACAAUGGGUUUCACUAUCAAUUGCAUGUUUGUAGUGACGCAGACCCAACAAUCUUAUAAACCCGAAUAAACUCAAACUGACUUUUGAAGAUGUAAAAGGUGCGAAGGAUUCGUAACGAAUAUGUAGUUCCCUAUAAUUUAUCUAUUUAGCGUUUCUAGGUAUGACGUUCAGGUACUGACGAUAAAUAAUCUCAACAUUUUCGAAACUACGUUUCGCACUAAAUAAAGUCGGCCCUUACUAUUCUCGCUCCAAGUACUUCGGUUCGCGCAGCCAGGUAGUAUAGUUAGUUAUUACUUAUUGUAUAUGUGAAAGUUUACUCAUUUAUUCCAUAUUUCAACCACUUGUAAGUUUCCCAAUUCGGCAUACAUCAGUUUUGGUGACCAGGAAAUACACGUGACUCUUAAAGUUUGGUGCAACUCAAAGUACGCGAACAUGUACGAGAUUUCCCAGUCGCAUUAAUUCAAACGUCCCACUACUCAAAUUCUUCGUUAGAUUCGAGUCGCGAGUAUUAACCUUGUUAUCUUAUCAAACAGCUGUUGUACUUAUACACGUACAUUUUACGCUUCACUGCUUUUUAACAAGUUCAUACAUUCCUUUAGACAAGUUUCUUUAACUUGUUUUCUUAUUCUCGAUAUAUUCCCAUCAUUCUCUAAGCCAGUUUUCUGACUGGACAUUUACCGUGAAAUCUAAUUCAUGUGUGUAAUUACCCUCAGUCGUUUGGUAAUUAUUUGUUUUUAGAGGCUUUUACAUUGGAACUAAAAAACAGUUUAGAAUACUCGCCUUUUAAAUCUUUAAUAGGUUGGUGGAUCGACUUAAGCAUACUUCCAUUUGCUAGACAUAUAUUCGUGUACUUGGCUUCAACCAGUUUGAGUGCUCGUGAUACUACCAGUCUACUUAGAUGAAGUAGGUUGAGCAGGUUUCAAACCUUGAUCUUGUUGAGUGAAGUCUAGAGGCCUUGAACACUUCCACUAAAUAUGCACUCACAAGACGUCCACUGAACUUUAUUGUAAUAACACUCAGAAUACCUAAACUGUGAUGUACUAAUUGAUCAUUAUCUUUGCCAUUGAUGAGUUCAUUUGUUUCAGUGAAUAGAGUUAUUUGUAUUCAGAACAACGUAAAUAAGAGACGUACAAGCAUUUGACGCAAAAUCUAGAACGAAUUACAUGUUAAAGAUUGUCAAUCGCUGGGAGUUUAGAGAAAUAUAUAAUUUUUCGGGUUAUACGAUAGUUUAUAUUGUGUUAAGUGAAAAAACGAUUAUCAACAUUUACCUUCUCAGUUUUUUUCUGUAUUUAUAUUUCACUAAUAUAUUAAUUCCGGCAAAUGUUCCAGUAAUUUUGUAGAAGAUUCUGAAAUCGAGACUAAUUAUACUGAAGUAGUCGAUGGCUUCGAGAAGUUGGAGUUGAAACCAGAACUUCUUCGUGGUAUAUAUGGUUAUGGUUAUGAAAAGCCAUCGGCCAUUCAACAGCGAGCUAUUAAGCCAUCUAUCGAGGGUCGUGAUGUUAUCGCUCAAGCUCAGUCCGGUACAGGGAAAACGGCAACAUUUGCCAUCAGCAUUUUACAAAGGAUAGAUAUUUCAUCAAACACUUGUCAAGCCCUUGUCCUCGUACCAACCAGGGAACUUGCAAGACAAAUCCAAACGGUAAUUAGUGUAUCAAUAAUAAAAAUUUUCAGGUUAUGCAACGCAUUGGUUCCUAUCUAACCGUCAAAUGCCAUACGUGUAUCGGGGGGACAAGGACCUCUCAUGAUAUGGCGUGCCUCCAACAGGGUCAGCAUGUUGUUGUGGGUACUCCUGGUCGUGUUUUUGAUAUGAUGAAUCGUAAUACUCUGGCAACCGCUAAUAUCAAGGUUUUCGUGUUGGACGAAGCUGAUCAAAUGCUUGAUCGUGGUUUUGAACCCCAAAUUAAAGAAAUAUAUAGAUUUUUACCUGAUACUUCUCAAAUCAUGUUACUGUCUGCGACUAUGCCGAAACCAAUGCUUUCUAUUGCACGGAGUAUAAUGCAUGAUCCUGUUCAAAUACUGGUUAAGAAAGAAGAAUUAUCAUUGGAUGGGAUCAAACAGUUUUAUAUCAAUGUGUGCAGAGAAGAAUACAAAUUAGAGACCUUAAUGGACCUAUAUGGAAUAAUGAAUUUAAGUCAAGUCGUUAUUUUCGUUAACUCUGUAAACAAGUCCACACAUAUUUGUAAUGAGCUUAGGCUCAAAAAGUUCCAAGUUUCGUGCAUUCAUAGUGAUAUGGAUCAAGAAAAACGUGAUGCAGUUAUGGAGGAAUUCCGUAGUGGAAGAUCACGAAUUUUGCUAUCCACUGAUAUUCUGGCGCGUGGUAUUGAUGUACAGCAAGUCUCUCUAGUCGUUAACUAUGACUUACCUAGUAAUCGUGAGACAUAUAUUCACAGAAUCGGGAGAGGAGGUCGUUUUGGAAGAAAAGGUACAGCCAUCAACUUCAUCACUGAUUCAGAAGUAGAAGCUUUGAGUGACUUGCAGCAAUAUUUCAACACAGAAAUUAUUGAGAUGCCUGAUGACAUUGUUGAUUUUCUGUAACCUAAAUUUGAGCCCACUUAUACAUUUAAUAUUUGUUCCUAGCUGAGUAACUUUCAGUCUUUAUUGUUGGUUAUCUGGUCACUAAUUUUCGAGUUUUAUUUUUCCAUCUAACACCGCCCUUGUCAUCACAUUUUUGGGUGUUACUACUUCUGGUUCUUCAAUUUGUUCACUGCGGUGCUUAAUUGGGAAAUAAAUUAGAAUUUGCGCAUUUUG